CUUCUCUGUCCCUUGUCUGCCCGCCUCCCCCUGUUCCCAGGAGCUUUGAAGACAAGCCUUAGCCCUGAUCCUCCCGCAUCACUACCUGCGAUGGGUUUUCUGCGUGGAAAUCCGAAGUCCCUUGAAUCAACAAGUACAUUCUCUUCUUGGCUAGAAUGUGCUCCCGACCCAUGCAGGAGGCCUGAACGAAGUAAAAGACGUGGCAGAUUUUGCUGGUGAAGGUAGAAGGGAGCCUGGGAGCACCAGCAGACAUCAUGUGGAUCCAGGUUCGCACCAUGGACGGGAAGGUGGCCCACACUGUGAACUCCCUGUCCAGGCUGACCAAGGUGGAAAAUCUGAGGAGGAGGAUCCAGGAGGUGUUCCACGUGGAGCCAGGACUGCAGAGGCUUUUCUACAGGGGCAAGCAGAUGGAGGACGGCCACACUCUGUUUGACUACGACGUGCGCCUGAAUGACACCAUCCAGCUCCUGGUCCGGCAGAGCCCCAUGUUGUCCCCAGGUGGCGGCGGCGGCAGUGGUGACAGCAGCAAUGGUGGUGGUGGCGGUGGCAGCAGCAGCAGCAGCAGCAGCAGCAAGGAGAGAGACUCAGAGCUUUCUGACACGGACUCGGGCUGCUGCCUGGGCCAGAGCGAGUCGGACAAGUCCUCCAACAGCGGUGAGGCCGCCAAUGAGCCCGAAGUGAAGGCAGAUGAAGAUACAUGGGACGAGACGGAGUUGGGCCUCUACAAGGCCGGCGAGUAUGUGGAUGCACGGGACACAAACAUGGGUGCAUGGUUCGAGGCCCAGGUCAUCAGGGUGACAAAGAAGACAGCUGCCCAGGACAGGCCCUGCAGCUCCAGCUCCAGCUCCAGCUCAACGCUGGAGGAUGAUGUCAUCUAUCACGUGAAAUACGAAGACUAUCCCGAGAAUGGAGUGGUCCAGUUGAGCUCGAGGGACGUCCGGGCUCGGGCCCGACAGAUCCUUAAGUGGCAUGAGCUGGAGGUGGGCCAGGUGGUCAUGCUCAACUACAACACCGACAGCCCCAAGGACCGCGGCUUCUGGUACGACGCGGAGAUCUUGCGCAAGCGGGAGACCCGGACGGCGCGAGAGCUGCACGCCAACGUCAGGAUCGGGGAUGAUUCUCUUAACGACUGUCGCAUCAUCUUUGUCGACGAGGUUUUCAAGAUCGAGCGCCCGGGGGAGGGGAGCCCUUUGGUGGAAACCCCCGUGAGAAGGAAGAGUGGGCCCACCUGUAAGCACUGCAAGGACAACCCGCGGAAGCUGUGCCGCAUGUGCGCCUGCCGCCUGUGCGGGGGCAAGCAGGACCCCGACAAGCAGCUGAUGUGUGACGAGUGCGACAUGGCCUUCCAUAUGUAUUGCCUGUGCCCGCCCCUCAGCAGCGUCCCCAGCGAGGCAGAGUGGUACUGCCCUGAGUGCCGGAUCGAUUCCAGCGAGGUGGUGCAGGCGGGGGAGAAGCUGAAGGAGAGUAAGAAGAAGGCGAAGAUGGCGUCAGCCACGUCGUCCUCACAGCGGGACUGGGGCAAGGGCAUGGCAUGCGUGGGCCGCACCAAGGAAUGUACCAUUGUGCCGUCCAACCACUAUGGCCCCAUCCCGGGCAUCCCCGUGGGCACCAUGUGGAGGUUCAGAGUCCAGGUCAGCGAGUCGGGAGUCCAUCGACCUCACGUGGCGGGCAUCCACGGCCGGAGCAACGAUGGGGCAUACUCCCUGGUGCUGGCCGGGGGCUAUGAGGAUGACGUGGACCACGGGAACUCAUUCACGUACACCGGCAGUGGUGGACGAGACCUUUCGGGGAACAAGCGGACUGCGGAACAGUCUUGUGAUCAGAAACUCACCAACACCAACAGGGCGCUGGCUCUGAACUGCUUUGCCCCCAUCAAUGACCGCAAAGGGGCCGAGGCCAAGGACUGGCGGUCAGGAAAGCCAGUCCGAGUGGUGCGGAACGUCAAGGGCCGCAAGCACAGCAAGUACGCCCCUGUCGAGGGCAACCGAUAUGAUGGCAUCUACAAGGUGGUGAGGUACUGGCCCGAGAAGGGCAAGUCCGGCUUCCUGGUGUGGCGCUUCCUCCUGCGUAGGGACGAUGUCGAGCCGGGGCCUUGGACCAAGGAGGGGAAGGACCGGAUCAAGAAGUUGGGGCUGACCAUGCAGUACCCGGAAGGCUACCUGGAGGCCCUGGCCAAGAAGGAGAAGGAGAAGGAGAACAAGAACAGCAAGAGGGCGGCUGUGGAGGAGGAGGAGGAGGAAGGCCGGGAGGACUUCGAGACCCCCCGGAAGGGCAAGCGGAAGAGCCAGGUGGCUGGAGGCGGCAAGGUCAGCGACGGGCCCUCACGAGGGGCGCCCAAGAAGACCAAGGUGGAGCCCUACAGCCUCACCGCGCAGCAGAGCAGCCUCAUCAAGGAGGACAAGAGCAACACAAAGCUGUGGACGGAGAUCCUGAAGUCGCUCAAGGACGGGCCGAAAUUCCUGAGCAAGGUGGAGGAGACGUUCCAGUGUAUUUGCUGCCAGGAGUUGGUGUUUCGCCCAAUCACGACUGUGUGCCAGCAUAACGUGUGCAAGGACUGCCUGGACAGGUCCUUCAAGGCCCAGGUGUUCAGCUGCCCCGCCUGCCGCUACAACCUGGGCCGGCACUCCACCAUGCAGGUGAACCAGCCGCUGCAGGCCGUCCUCAGCCAGCUCUUCCCCGGCUACGGCAACGGACGGUGAUGCUCAAGCACUUCUCGCCAGUGUUUUUUAAAAAAAGUAUCUGCAGGGCCUCUGGCCCCCAUCUUGUUUUUAGUGAGCUUAACUUAAACAUGUAGUUUGUCCUCCACUCCCUUAAAAGCCUCGUCUUCCCAGUUUUAUUUUUUUAAUCCAUAAGUUUUCAGCAAUUUGUAUUAUGGCUCAGAGGAAGGA